AUGCUUGUGGCUCUGCGCGUGCGGUAUAAUCCUUUGAUUUUUCGGACAACAUUCAAGUCCUGCCUAUGCCUCUCUACUUCCGCACCAAAUAAACCUCCUACGAUUCCUCUACUCGGACAAAAAUAUCCUACAGACUCCAGCACAAAUAUUACUUCAGCCAUAACUGACAAGCUAGCACGUAACUUAUACUUGGAGCCGGCACAUCCACUGGGAAUCCUACGCUCGGUCGUCGAGAGACAUUUUUCAGACUUCACCGCUCUCUCUGGCUGGUCACCACUGGUCACUCCAUCCAAAAACUUUGAUGACCUGGGCUUCCCAGAGGACCACCCCGGCAGGGCGCUGACAGACAGCUACUACAUAAACCGCGAUCUAAUGCUGCGCACGCACACCUCCGCGCAUGAAGUCGAGGUCUUCUCGCGUGGAGAACGCCGCUGGCUCCUGUCCGCGGACGUGUACCGCCGCGACGAGAUUGACGCGUCGCACUACCCUGUGUUCCACCAGAUGGAAGGGGCACGCGUCUUCCCAGCAACUCCCGCAGGCAUGGCCGAGGUCGAAGAGGACAACGCGCGAUUGACAGCUCAUCUUGAGCGGUCCAACAUCGUAAUUGAAGAUGUUCCCCACAUCUCUGCGACUAACCCCCCGCAACCGACGCAUGAUCUACGCCACGCCGAACUUGUCGCGCUGAACCUCAAGCUCUCGCUUAAUAGUCUUAUGCUGUCACUCUUUGGCGGCCGUACCGGAACCAGCGGGGAACCCCUGCGCGUGCGAUGGAUCGAAGCCUACUUUCCUUUCACGACUCCGAGUUUUGAGGUGGAGGUAUUCUUCCAUGGCAAGUGGCUCGAGAUACUGGGAUGCGGUGUUGUGCAGCAGCAGACUCUCAAUCGCGCGAAUGUACCGGACAACAUUAGCUGGGCGUUUGGACUCGGCCUCGAGCGCAUCGCCAUGAUUCUAUUUUCCAUACCUGACAUCCGGCUAUUUUGGAGUAAGGAUCCGAGAUUCCUCACGCAAUUCGCGGCGGGUGAGAUUACGACGUUCAAACCCUACUCGAAAUAUCCCCCUUGCUACAAGGAUGUUAGUUUCUGGGUCCCAGAUACAGGACUGCAUGAUAACGACGUGUUUGACCUCGUAAGGGACACGGUUGGUGAUCUAGCAGAAGACGUCAAAAUGAUCGACACCUUUACGCAUCCAAAAUCACACCGAACUAGUCGGUGCUACCGCAUUAAUUACCGAUCGAUGGACAGGUCGUUAUCGAACGAGGAGACCAACGACCUAAAUGCAGCUGUAGUGUCACGACUGGCAGAGGCGUUCGGAGUCGAGAUUCGUUGA